AGUUACCCGCAUUUAUUGCAACCUGGAUCUGGACCUGGACCGGCAGUGAAUAAUUAUUCAGGGACCCUGGCCCUCAUCUUCCCCUCUAAACAGACCAUGACGAUUGAAUGAAAUCUCACGCCAAUUUCAUAGCGACAUGUACACUCUCUUACGAUGACGUGGUAAGAACUAUGAACACUGUGCUACCAGCUUCGGAAUUGCUUCACUACUCUGAUGCGCCACGGAUUUACUAUUUUCUUUCAAGGGGACGAGAGUAUCUGCUUGACCGACUUUUGGCCCCGCCCUUUGUCGAGCUCCCGAGAGACAUCGCUCUUACAACCUGACUUCACCUCGGAAUCCGUUCCUCAGCCGGCAUGAUCAACGAUUGAACCAAGGGCGGUUUACGAAAUGAAUAACGCCUCACAGCCUUCUCCACGCCUUUCCGCCAGCGGCCUGCCCUCUAGCAGAGGGAGUCCUGCAUUCCAACCUUCGCUGUCAUCGCAGCAUCCAAAUGUGAACUUACACCAACCUUCGCCGUUGAACCCUUCGGUGUCAGCGUCGCAAUAUGCUCACUUGCAGCAGCAACGGCGGCCGGGCUCCCGAUCCAGCGAAUCCUCCGACUCUUCGCAAAUAACGGCAUUGUCAAUUGGUGGACGACCGACCGUGACAGCUACUGCUAGCUCUAGUAGUGUUCAUAACCCAACACGACCAUCGGCGCAGGUCAUCCACGCUGCCACCCAUGGAUACGGUGACCUGGGCCUACGAAAGUCGCCCCGCAUGGCGUCUGCGGAUCACCUGGGUCAUCGUCCGCGCCAACACUCACAGGGCUUCUUUGAACCUUCUCUGCCGACCGCCUCUGCGGUCUCGGGGAACCUGACAGCUUCUCAGAUUGCGGCGCAGGCUGCGAUGCAACAGCAGCAACAAUCCGCGCAACAUGCCCGCAAACGCUCACAAACAGUCCCGAACCAACAAGCACCGCCUCCUGAACCUCCGACCGGACGACGCAAACCUAAUUCGCCGCAGCUCGGUCAACAAUCAUUACAACAACAGCAAGGGCAGUAUGUUCAGCCCGGCAUCAACACGACGCAUCUACAUCCUCAAUACCAAAAUGGCCUAUUAGCUCCGCAUACGGCUGCAACGACUGCGGCAAAUGUUGUCUUCCCUCGUAGCGCAGCAUCGUCGCCCGGUAUCGUCCCUCCUGAUCAUGGACAGCUGGCAUCCCCGGUGCUGCAGUCGGCGCAAUUGUCCGAAAAGGAGACCAAACAGAAGUCGGAAAAGUCGAAGAUGAAGCUCUUUUCGAAGCCGAAGGUGAUUGGUAUAUCCAAGGACAAGGAUACGGACAAGAAGGAGAAACCACUUUCGUCUCCCAACCGGCUGGGUUUGUCGAAUGUCAAUCCCAUACCACGGAUGGCAAGCGGAUCUACAAUUAAUUUGGUCGAUUCUGGCUCAUCGACAGGCGCACCAUCGCCAUAUAUGCUGAGCAAUAACGCUUCUACUUCGACACUGGUGCCUGAAAAGGCGGUCACCGCGGAAAAGGAAAAACACAAACAUAAUUUCCUCUCACGACAGAAACACAGAUUAAAGGAUGACCACUACAAUCUCCCGUUGUCAUCUGCUUCGAGCAAUUCCAAACCUACUGAUCCAAAUGCGCCCCAGUCGCUCUACUCUUUUGCACCCUCAUCUCCAGGUCCGUCGGCGACUGCAUUUGCCAAAUCCAUGAGUGGGCUAGAUUUACGGCACGGCGGAAGAGCACUACGUGAGCGGAAAAAGGAGGAAAAGGCAUCCUCGGCCUUGGCUGCGGGAGCAUCUAGCUCUAGUCUGGGAUUGGAUCUCUUGCGGGAGCGGGAUACUUCGUUUGACCGGGAAUGGGCCAAUCCGUCAAGUCAUGGCUCAACAACAACGCCAUCGCUCCUGGGUCCGGGUACAAGCGGGCCUGUAAUUGAUACUGCAGGGUUACAAGGGUUUGGGCUGUCAAACAUGGGUCCAGAUGAUGCCUGGCCAUUUCUCAAAGCCAAGCUGAUGGUAAUCUUUGAAGGAGAGGAUCUGAGGAUGCCGGUGGAGGACUUUAAUCGGCUGGUUUCUGUUCACUUGCAACGGUGUAUCCAGCGUCGGUCCCCUACAACCAUUAUCGAAGAUCUGCGGGAGACUCUUCAAACGGGUUUUGCCUCAAUCGACCAAACCUUGCAGCACGUCCCUGAUGAUAAAAUCGUUCCUCACCUCGUCGAAACCUGGUUGUCUCUCUUCAGCACCAUCUUACCAUAUGUGCAAGCAGUCUUUCUCCCUCUGGACCUCGAAUUCAAGGGCCGCGGACCUCUGAUGACGCCACGGGAGGCCCUCGAGUUCUGGGGCUUGGGCGCCGGUGUGCCCACGCCCGGACCCGCCAACCCUUCCAUCACAGCCCAUCGCACCUCUCAGAGCAGCGGCAGCGGAAACACCAUAUGCAAACCAAACGAACCCGUCAACGGGGAAGAGCACUUUCAGGUGCUCGAAGUCCGGCGUAUGGUACUCAUUUCCUAUCGCGAUACCAUAAUCCUCCCACGCUACGAUAUCCUUAAAGCAAUCUUUUCCCGUCUCUCUCUGGAAAGCAUCAAUGUAGGCGUUCCGGACGAUACUUCGUACUCCUCAACCGACUCUAACGCAUCUUCGCCUCCUUCUCCUUCAUUCUCCUCAUCAUCCUUUGGCUAUGCUCAUGGAGCAGGGGCAUUUGAUUCCGCUGUCGGCAGCUAUAAUUCGCAUGGAUCCGGUUCUGGCUCGGGUUACGGUCAUCAACUCCACGAUCCAGGCUCAGGCCUGUCCAGCGCAGGUAUUCUCUCUUCCCCGCAUCGCAGCCGUGCCACGUCAAACACGUCUGCUGGAGCAAUUACCCGAUCUCGUGGCGGUUCCGGCGCUUCGCAGCCUCCGCCACAAUAUGCCGCUCAAAUCGUCUCCCACGUUGCGGAGACUGUUGGUCGUUUACUCCAGUGCAUUUCCGUCCUUGCUGCCAUCCAUAGCGGCGAUGACGCCCAGACAAAGAUGGAGGCCCUGGCGAGAGAACUCAAGCACAAUUGGCUCGGACGUGCUCGGACAGGCCGCAACCGGCGUGGGUUUGUUGCAACAAAAGUCCGCCCCUCGCCCAUCAUGAUUCAAUCAGGCUCAUUUAAUGGAAAUGGCGGUGGUGCAGUGUACGCCCCCGGAACCGACGGCAUGUCAGAUCAUCAUGACGAUCAUGCCGAUGAAAACAGCACAUCAACCACAGAUAAUAGUGAGCAAGACGGCUCCAGCUACACUUAUCACAUUCAUCAAUCCAACUCCGCCGGUACUCGCGAUAGAGGCAGUAACUAUGCAACUGCACAUCGACGACGCGGAGGCAGUGGACCGGUCACUUUUCCUUCCACAAUCGGAAGUACACCCAGUCACGACGCCAACAGUGUGGACGUCGACGGUGCCAGCGGCAUCGGCAGCCGCAGCCGCACUGGGAGUGGCACGAUAAGGGCUUCGAGACGAAAUACCAGAUCCAGCGCAUAUACUGACCCCAGUCCCGGGUACAGAGCAAGUGUUUCAUCGACACAGAGUCAAAGACAAGUACAAAGACCUCGCGAUUCGCAAAUCGGCAUCGCAAGAAGCCAUCAAGACGAUAACUAUGUCGACGGCAAUGACGAUAGAUAUCAUAAUCAUUAUCAUCAUCCUUCUCACUACUCGUACGACGGCACCUAUGCGGACGACUACGGCUACGCUUAUCAUCAUGGACCCGGAUAUACCAGUCAUCGCACUACUGGCAGCGGCGGUGCCGGCGGUGGUGGCAGUGGUGGUGGUGGUGAUGGUGGUGAUGUUAGCCGCAGUACCAGUCGCACAAGGAGAACCAGACGAAGAAGAAGCCUCUCAUCAGAAAGAGAUGGGAGUCCGACGCCAACGCCAACGCGUAUGCCGAGUCUGCAUAAUUCUACUACCACGACGUCGGCUUCGUCAGUCUCCUCAGCAGGUCAAGGUCAAAAUUCGAGUCAGAUUCCGACCUCAAGUCCAGGUCCAGGUCCAAGCUCAAGGACAAGGACAGGGACAGGGACAGGGACAGGGACAGGCACGAGCAGUGUCUCGUCGGUAGUAUUCGGGAGUAUCAAUGCUGGCGGUGCGGCUUCGCGACGGAGAGGCGGCAGCGGAGGGAGCGGAGGGAGCGCCGGAGCAGGCGGAAGUACAGCGUCUCCGCGAACGUUUUCGUCAACGCCAGCGUCGUAUCAUCGGAGAGGAGGGUCGUCUGUAUCGUCAUCAUCCAUUUCGUCGCAUAGACGGGCAUCAGGACCAGGGCCAGGAGGAGAAGCGUCUAUCGAGAGUGUCAGGAGGGGAAGUAUGCUCUAAGUUAGAUACCACUGCCGAGAGAGAUAUAACGGGAAAACGGCGUUGGAUGGGUUAUCAUGGGUUCAUUACGAUAUCACGUUCAUAUUUGACAGCCGUUUUUCAUUUUAUUUUCAUUUCUUACGAAAGCACGAAAAAGGAUUUUUCAAUCGAAAAGGCAGUUAUGGUACAUUUGUUCACAUUUCAUAGGGACA